ACGAUACGAUUGAGUGAAGAGGUCGCGACACCCAUCAAACUUCGUAAACAUGUGUGCUCCCUCGAUGUAACGCGCGCUGGGGGCAAAAAAGAAUUGCCCCAAUAACAAAAUGGAAAGAAGAUUGCGCGUUUUCGGUAACGGCCCAACGUCAGAAUAUAGGACAAACAACAACCAUGUAGAUAUAUAAAUUGCAAUCGCCACUGAGGUCGACCAGUUUGGCAUCAGCAGUGCCAAUAGAACCAGCAGUGAUUGCCAUAUUUCUACGAAUAACAGCGACCGGUAGAUAGGGGAAUUUAAAUAUUGUGAUAAUUAAUACAACACUGGCGGAUUAAUUCGUGUUGCAAUCGCCGCUGUUUGUUGCUCGCUCGCAGAUAAGCCACGCGUUUAAAAACUUGAGCUUGACGAUAUUUAAGCAGUUUGCUCCUGCUGUCGGAGGCAGUGUAAUCUCUCGUUGAACGUAACUUCAAGUUCCCCAAAACGAAAACACAUCAUACACCCAAUUACAAUGGAUUCUUAUCCCAUCGUGAAAGCGUUUCUCGCUGGCGCCUUUUCGGGCACCUUUUCAACAGUCCUCUUCCAACCCUUGGACUUGGUCAAGACACGUCUCCAAAAUGCCGCACCAGCCGCUGUUAUCAAUGCACGGUGUGGUACAGGCAUGGUAACGAUCUUCGCUACCAUUGUUCAGCAGGAGCAAAUUCGUGGAUUGUGGCGCGGAAUGGUGCCGAGCAUUACUCGUUGCGUACCAGGAGUUGGGCUCUACUUUUGCUCCCUGGACUUUCUGAAAAGCAGAUACUUCCACAACACUCAACCAUCGGCACUGCAAUCGGUCGGUUUGGGCAUGUUUGCGCGUUGCAUGAGCGGCGCCGCUUUAAUACCCAUUACCGUAGUGAAAACAAGGUACGAAAGUGGCGUCUAUCGCUACAAGAGCGUCGGCUCGGCGUUGAGUGAAAUCUAUAAGACUGAAGGCAUCAAGGGUAUGACAUGUGGCCUUGUACCGACCCUGUUCCGAGAUGCGCCUUUCUCUGGACUGUACCUGAUGUUCUACACACAGAGCAAAAUGUUGGUCCCAGAGGAACUGCUCAACACCCCAUACGCCACCCCGCUUCAUUUUACCUGCGGUGUCACCGCCGGCAUACUCGCUUCGGUUGUAACCCAACCAGCUGACGUACUCAAAACAAAAAUGCAGCUCUACCCGCACAAGUUCAACGGUAUCUGGUCUGUGGCAGUCUACGUUCAUGGAAAGUACGGUAUUCAGGGAUACUUUAAAGGAAUGGUCCCGCGGCUGCUGCGCCGCACACUAAUGGCGUCUAUGGCUUGGACCGUUUACGAAUCCCUUACUAAGAGUAUGGGAUUGAAGUGAUCUUGCCGCCUUUGCUUCGGCCCCUGUAUACUGGCCGAUUUUCGUUUGUCCUAAUGAAUCCUAUACCUCCCGGACGUAUGUCUACGAUUAUAUGUCCUACGAGGUCGUGAUUGUAAUUGUGUGAUGCAAUUUAUUGUUUUUAAAUGUAUUUCAUUUUGGAAUUGCUCAAAUCAUCGCUAGCAUCGCUCUGCUACGCGCCGAUAGCCGAUCGAGGAUUGAGGGAAAAUGAGAUGGAAAAGAAGAGAAAAAGCAAUUAAAGCUGAUAAUGUCAUUAACGAACACACAAUUGUCAUGCAUUGUUCAGUUUUACAAAGAUGACGAUAAAUUGUUAGCUUUGUCUGGAAGUAUUGACAUAAUUUUGUAAAUGUUUUGUACCAUACACGACUUGAAACGAGAUUUAAAUAAUAUUUAUUUUGCGAAA